AUGAGUGCUGAAGCCGAGUACCCAGAUCCCCUCGGAGGUGCCAACACGUCUUCUGAUGGGUCUUGGCAGCAGGUUCCUCUGCAGGCCAUUCCGACCAGCCCCGUCUCUCCAGAUGAACCUCACGGGGGCUCAGCUGACCAGGAGCCGAUGGGGGCUUUGUCGAGUGGCCCAGCCGAGGGUGAUGAGCUGACCGGGGAACAGCUGGGGAGUUUGAUGUCUCGUGAAGACUCCCUGCCCGCCCAUGACGAUGACCCAACUGCGAGCCACUUGGAGCAGCAGCUCGCCGACUUUGCUAGCUUUGGCAACGGCGCUGGCGACUGGCAUGCCAUGAACUCGAGUUUGGUUCUUGCCAGAAACCUUGUGGGCUCUGCAGGGUCACUGGUGGAGGAGGCCAUACUGACCUCGACCAUCGAGGACACCUUCUCUGGCAAGGCUGCUAGCACUUUGCUCAAGCGGGCCUCGGACUUCUCAAGGUUUGCCAAAUCGAUCGUGGCCGGCAAAGGGCGCCCUCUGGCGCCUUCCGAGGGUGAGCUGUACGCAUAUAUGCUGCACCUGCGCCGAACCAAAGCCGGAGCCACAGCGGGAGAGUCCUUUCUAAAGUCCUAUCGGUUCUUCAUGCAUCUGACCGGGGCUGUUCAGAAUGCUCGGAUCUCGCCCCGAGUGCAGGGGGCGGCAAAGGCGAUGGCCAUGGUCAAGAGGCCGCUCUGGCAGGCACCGCCCCUACCCGAGGAGGCGGUACGACUUCUUGAGGAGUUCGUCCACGAGACCGAGGACUGUGCAAGGGCCAGCAUAGCGGGGUUCAUGCUCUUUUGCAUCUACUCCUCUGCGCGCUGGUCGGAUGCGGCCCGUGGGACGUCCAUGGUCAUGAAUGUGGCGGGCAACGGUUUGGUUCUGCUGGAGUGCUCCACAAAGCAUUAUAAGACCAAGGCCAAGGACCGGAAGGACACUGUGCUCCCCCUCAUCGCUCUGGGCAGCGGCCUCACCCAGCCUUCUUGGGGGCGAGUCUGGAUGCGCAAGCGGGCCCUCGCGGGGCUGCAGAAUUCCUCAGUGAUCAUGCCGGCUAUGUCGCCGGGGGGCAACUUCCUCGAGAGAGCCAUGACUGCUGCCGAGGGCUCUCUAUGGCUUCGCGAACUCCUGCACCUGCAGGGCUUCACCGGUGACUUGGAGCGGUUCAGCUCCCACAGCUUGAAAGCAACCGCUUUGUCCUGGACGGCCAAGAGCGGUACCAUGACUUACGAGGAACGCCUUACUCAGGGACAUCACUGCAGCCCUAAGCACGGGAUGGCCCUCCUCUACUCGCGGGAUGCUCUCGCGGAGAUCAUCGUGAAGGUGGCCAAGGUCGUGAGUGCUGUGAGCCGGGGAGUGUUUAGUCCAGACCUUCCGAGGGCCGAGAGGGUCGCUAGGGCUCUGCAUGCAGAUCCCGCGGACUUUGAGCAUCUUCCCGAGACUACGGCCGAGGAUUUACCAGCUGGGGAGCCUCAGGAGGAGAAUAUCUCUGAGGCCGGUUCUGACAUAACCGACCUCGGCGAUCUCAACGAUGACCUAGGGGCUCCGGUUCCUGAGGAGGAAAGUCACAGCCAAUUUGCGCUUGAUGGGUCCGGAGGAGGACCCAUGGCUGGGCUUGAGUCGGCGCCCGCCUUCAUCGAUCGGGCAAAGCAGAUCGGCAUCAGCGAGGACCUCCUGGGCAAGCUCACAUCCAAGAACUUGGACACCUACGGCAAGCUCGCUUUCGUGUGUUCGAGCAAGCCUUCCAGCGGAGAUGACGCUCCCCUCUUCGAUGCGCUGAAGUUGACUAGGCUUAAGAGGCAGCGCAACGAGCUCAAAGGGUUGGAGCUCGACAUCCACACGGAGCCAGGCCAUGCCCUGGUUGACAGGGUCCAGGCCAUGCUUGAUUCAGCCCAAGUGAUUCACAUCUCCCCCGAGAAGUGCAUUUCCCGUCAUGACGAGAUCUUGGGAGAGAAGGCAGAGCCGAAGCUAGCACUGGGCGCCGAUGGGAACAUCAAAAUCACCAAGCAAGCCUCGAGCCUUCGGUGCGAGACCACCGGGGAACUUAAGCUGCGCCGCUGCUUCCUCCGUCGAGCUUUAGCCUUCGAUCAAGUGGGGUUGGCUUCGUUCACGGCUUUGGAGUCUUGGCAUAACCGGAUGUUCCAGGCCCUGCUUGAUGUGCCCCCGGCAGGUUAUCGCUACACUACUGUUCAGCAACUCCUCGCUGCAGACCAGAAGCUUUGGCAGGUGGUGGCCCAAGAGAGUCGCGGCGACAUCGCCAUUGGAGUCGGGGCCCCGGCCCCUUUGGACAAGCACAUCGCUGCCGCUGCUGCCAAUCAGUUCGUUCUGUCGUGCUUGACUCACCUGCCCAAGCCCGCUGAGAGUCCGAACCAGCCGUGGAAGCCUCCCAAAGGUCCUGACAAAGGCGAUCAGAAGGGCGAGAGGGGAGGCAAAGGCAAAGGUCGUGGAAAAGGGAAAACCUCUCACGGCCAGGCCCAAACCGAUGGGCCCCCGACGACUUCGUUAAAGGAGCUGCUUGAUUCCUUGCCCGAUGGGUGUGUCCGGGCCAACGAUGAAGGGCGUUUCAUCUGCCCGUUCUACAACAAGGGCAUCUGCAGGUUCCAGAAGCGCAAGUCUUGCCGCUUCGGAAAGCACAUGUGCAAUUUCAAGGGGUGCGGGGACCUUGCCCGGCAAAUCUUAGCUCAGAGUGAGCCUGUUACCGCUGCCCAGGUGUUGAGCCUUUUUGAUGCCUUGCCCCAUGAGCAGUGUGACCGGGAUGCCGAAGGGCGUUCCUUUUCAGCAGGUGUUUACUCUAGGGUUAAGGUGAGUUUACGCAAGGCAUGCAACCUUUUUCCAGAGACACUGCGUGUGGUGAACCGGUUUGUCGCCGCUUUGCUACCUGAAGCUGUCUACACGAGUUUUGCCAUUUUCGACCAAGUGCAGACCCGGGAACACCGGGACCGCCACAAUGCAUUUUUACCGAAUUAUGUGAUUCCUCUGAGCUCCUUUCAAGGUGGUUCUGUCCAGGUGAAUGAGCCGAACAAACAGAUCGAGCUUGCAGUAUCCCAAGGACCGAUCCAAUUCUGUGCCCGGAGCUACGAGCAUUGCACCCUUCCUUUUCGAGGCAGGCGCGUUGUGUUGGUGCUCUUUACCUUGCAACAAGCUGGGCGCAUCUCCGGCGCAGACAUGAAGGUCCUGGAGAGCUUGGGUUUCCCUAUGCCGUCGACGGCCCUGUUGGCCUCGACCGACGUGUGCGCAUCUAUGCCGAUCUCGGUGGCACCUCACAUGCGUCCAAUCCUGCCGCCUGCGUGUGCUGCCAGCUCCUGUGCCGCUGUUUCUUCGCCACCGGCGUCCCCAAUUUCAGCUGAGGUGCCCCGACAGAGCCCGUCAAAGCCCGUCAAGCCCAAAAGCUCCACUCUUUCCGCGACGUCAACUGAGGGCUGCAACCCCCUGCUGCCGCAGGGCCCCUCCUUGGCGCCGCGUCCGCCUCUCAUGAUAGACUGUCUUGCCAAAGCCGGGACCGUGGCGGCUGCUGCUCUGCAAGCCGGUUGGGAUGCUAUACCGCUCGGCCGCCGGCGAUCGGGCUUAGAAGGCUCCCCCUUGGUGCCAGCGGACUUGGCUGCUCCAGAAGACCUGCAGAGCUUGCUUGACUACGACCACUCUGCCGUGGUAGAUUGGUGGCACUUUAACCUGUUCUUCAAAUCAUGCAGCCCCGCCCCGGCUUCUCGUGGCCGCCCCGCGCUUCGGUCGGCUGAUCAUCUGCUCGGCUGCCCUUCUUCCGGGGACUCAGCCUCCGCCCUCCUGCAGCGUGAUAACGGCCUGUGCCAGGCUGUCGUCCAGCUACUCUUUCGGGCCUACGAGACUCAAGCUCUGGUUACUUUGCUCGGACCGGCCCGUGGCUGGUGCUGGAGCCUCAUUGCCCAUUUCGUCAAACAGCGCAACCAUAAAGCUUUUCGCGAAUGGUACUUUGCCUUGGCUGACCAGGAGUUGGACACCUGCAUGUUUGGGGCGCCCUUCCUGACCUCCCUCAGACUCCGUGCGGCGACUGCCUCGUUUGGCGGCUUCGACCGGGGCUGUGACAAAAGCCACCAACAUCGCCCGUGGCUGCCGUGCGCCGGGGCAUCCGCUUUUGACGACGCUUCUCUGCCGCCUGACUUGUGCCGUGCCCUCUGCCAUUCCGCUUCACAAGCCUGCUCUGGCCUAAAGCUUCAUAAGCCCGAUGCCGUUCGCAGCCGCCGCCUCCGAGCUCAGGUGCGUGCCUCUGCUGCCAAUCAGCCUGCCUAUAUGCCUCCCCUAAUCCCUGAGUUUCGGGUUAGGCUCCCCUUAUCCCAGGUGCCGCCAGGGGCUGAUUACAAAGUUAUCUCCCGGGCCCCGAGCUCUAAAGCGGGGGAUAAUGCUGAGCCGAGCCCCAGUAAAAAGCCCAGGUUGAAAGGUGAUGGGGAGGUUGGGGACCUUGCAGGGGUUUACUUCUCCAUGGAAGAACACUUGCACUGUGCCUCUCAGCUUUCAAGCCCUGCCGAUACCAGUACCCGUCUUCCUGAUGCCGUGCGGCGUAACAUCUUCGCCAUCCUCACGGAGGGCCCCGUAGCCGUGUCCAGGAAGAGGAUGCUAGCGCUGAAAUCCUUGAACGAGCGCAUGGCGGCUUUGGCCUCCACUGAGAAAGAACUUCGUGCUAAGAUGCACCCGGUUGUGGAGGAAGUCACGCGAGGGAAAGCCAUUGCAUUGUUCCGGGAUCUUCUUGAGGAGACGGGCUUUCCCGACAUGUCCGUAGUGGAUCUGCUCACUGAGGGAGUGCCGCUAGUUGGACAGGAGACCGAAUCCCCCCUCUUCUCUAAACGCCCUAAGCCUAAAGACCUUGAGCCCGACCAGUUGAAAGCCCAGGCCGUCCUGCGCCGCCGUGCUUUGCAAAGGAUGAAGGGCCUCACCUCGGAGCAGGAUUACAAAGCGUUGAAAGAAGAGACGGCCGAGGAAGUGGCUGCGGGCUUCCUCUCGGGACCAUACCACUCGGAGCAAGAGGUCAGCGACCUCCUGAAGACAGAGGGAUGGUCGCUCUCGCCACGCUUCCUUCUGAGGCAAGGGGAGGACUCCAAAAUCCGCAUCAUCGACGACUUCAAGAUGUCGGCGGUGAACAGGGCCUUCGGCUCCUCGUCAUUCCUCGAACUCCAAGAUACAGACUAUGCUGUAG